AUGUCCGUGCUCACGGCCGCCGAGGGCGACGGCCUGAAGCCCAUGGCUGCCGGGUUGGUGAGGCGGUACCGAGACGCUGGGGUACAGCCACCGCUGCUUCUGUACGUCGACCGGGACUGUUGUUCGCAGCAUGGAGGUGGUAAGACAGCUGACAUGUUCCCCGAGUGGGACAAGCUGGUGGUCCGGUUGGACAUAUGGCACCUGAUGCGCCGCAUUGCGUCAGGUGUGUCCACCGAGAGCCACCAGCUGUACAAACCCUUUAUGCAGCAGCUGUCCUCUGCCAUCUUCGAGUGGGAUGCUGACGACACGGCCCGGCUAUUUGCAGCCAAGAAGCAGCAGAUGGUGGCACAGGGAAUGACCACCGUCCCCGACGACGCUGCUGUGAUGAGGCUCGUCAGCCGCAGGGAGAUGGCCGCCCACUGCCGCAGGCGGACCAGAGGCGCGGAGGAGUCCCAGCGGCUGAUCGAUGACCUCAUCGCCAUCUACAGCAGCGAGUGGGGACGUGACACGAUGGGCAUUUCCCUGUUUAAUGACCGCAUCCACGACAUAUGGGCGGAGCAGAGACGCCACCUCGCCUGUAUCCAGGACCCGCCGGGAGUGGAGCUGUACACGGAGACGGGCAGGCUGGACAAGGGGGGAUCCAGUCUGCCAGUGUACAGAUGUGCCAGAGGCUCCACUUCCCUAGAGUCGUUCCACCUGCACAUAAACCGCUUCAUUCCAGGUAAAGUCCUCCCUCAUGUGAAAGUGUGUGUGUGUGUGUGGUAUGUGUGGGACUAACUGUUUAGUCUUUGUUAUCUUUUGUCUUUCCAGG